GCAGUAUAAAUCCCCCACCAGCGAGCACUGUCAACUUGUGCACUCCGCUCUCCUGCGUUGACUGUUGUAUUCGAGAAAGAGACAAAUCAAACAGAAGAUGGCAGCAGGCAACGCUAAAAUUGGAAAGCUGGCCCCAGAUUUCACAGCCAAAGCAGUAAUGCCAAAUGGACAGUUCCAGGAUGUGAAGCUCUCAGACUACAGAGGGAAAUAUGUUGUCUUUUUCUUCUAUCCACUGGACUUCACCUUUGUGUGUCCAACUGAAAUCAUCGCUUUCAGUGAUGCUGCUGAACAAUUUAGAAAAAUCGACUGCGAGGUCAUUGCCGCGUCUGUGGACUCACACUUUUCCCAUUUCGCGUGGACUAACACACCACGUAAGCAGGGAGGCCUGGGACCCAUGAAGAUUCCUAUGGUUUCUGAUACAUGCCGCACCAUCUCCACAGAUUAUGGCGUCUUGAAGGAAGACGAGGGAAUUGCCUACAGAGGUCUGUUCAUCAUUGAUGACAAGGGCAUCCUGAGACAGAUUACCAUCAAUGACCUGCCAGUUGGACGGUCUGUUGAGGAAACCUUGCGUUUGGUCCAAGCUUUUCAGUUCACUGACAAAAAUGGAGAAGUCUGCCCAGCCGGAUGGAAACCAGGAAAGGACACCAUCAAGCCUGACGUCCAGAAGAGCAAAGACUUCUUCUCCAAGCAGUAAUAAGCACAAGGCCAAAGUCCAUUGUAUGCUGUAGGAGAUUUCAUAUAGAGAUUACAUUUCCAGAGAGCAACAGUUGUGCCUGUGGGAGGAGUUAACAUGUUGUGUGUCUUCUAUUGUCAGUAGAGCAGAUACUUGUUGUGCACUUAUAUUACUUAUAAGUAUAUUAUUUUGUUACUGUUCUGUUAAUGUAUUCACUGUCUGACUAGGCUAAAUGUUCUUUAAUGUCAGUCUUAACUAUUGUUCGAUAUUAUGGGACCAUACAAACAUGUAUGUUCUUUAUGUUGACCCUUUUUUUUUUAAGUUGAAUAACAAAUGUUCUGUCAUCAAAAUAAAGUAUAUGCUUUAUGACUCUCUA